UCCGUAACUUUUUCAUUUUUUAAUAAUUCCAAUUAGGAGAAAAGCAUCUAUCCGGCUGGCUCACUGACCGGGAUGUGGGUGGCUGUGAUUGCAAACUAAGCUCACAAUCAAAGAGUCGCGGGAGCAACGCCUGCAUCCUUUCUUUUGUCUGUGUUGCAUCUCUCUGCCUCUUUCAUUAUAUAACUGCUUCUGGGAUGUAAGAAGACACACACAAACAUCUUUCUUUUUCAUCCACAAGGAAUUAAACAUUUUUUUUUUUUUUUUUCCCCCACGAGGAAACAGUAUGGCGACACUUAAGUUGAACAUGCGUUUUGUUCUGGUUUUAUUCGGAUUAUUUUUGCUGUCUUCUCCAUCUGCAAGAGCCGAGCCGGAGCAGCAGGACGAAGAGGAGGAGGAGGAGAGUUCAUGUCAGGGCGCUUUUGACCUGUAUUUUGUGCUUGAUAAGUCUGGCAGUGUGAAGAAUCACUGGGGGGAAAUCUACGACUUUGUGGAGAAUUUAGCUGAGAAAUUCAAAAGUCCCAUGCUGAGGAUGUCCUUCAUAACAUUCUCCUCCAGAGCAUCCACCAUCCUGAAACUGACUGAAAACAGAGAGGACAUCAGAAAGGGGCUGAAUGCUCUGAGAAUUGAGAGUCCUGGUGGAGACACAUUCAUGAACCUUGGCUUGCAGAGGGCAAACGAGCAGAUCUACCAGGAGAACUUUGGCACGGCCAGCGUGAUUAUUGCUCUGACAGACGGAGAGCUGCAGGAACAUCAACUCAUCACUGCGCAGCAAGAGGCGGAGAGAGCCAGGUCUCUUGGAGCUAUUGUCUACUGUGUUGGUGUCAAAGACUUCAAUGAGACACAGCUGGCCACUAUCGCAGACACCAUCGACCACGUGUUUCCUGUGUUGGGCGGCUUCCACUCCCUCCGAGGAGUCAUUGAUUCGAUCAUCAAGAGGUCCUGCAUUGAGAUUUUGGCAGCUGAGCCCUCCAGCGUGUGUGCAGGAGAGUCUUUCCAAGUGGUGGUGAGAGGAAACGGCUUCCUCCACGCCAGGAACAUCAACCAGGUGCUUUGCAGCUUCAAAAUCAACGACACCAUUACAAUCAAUGAAAAGCCGGCUAGUGUAGAAAGCACAUUCUUACUGUGUCCCGCUCCUGUCAUUGAUGAAGUUGGAAAGGUGAUUUAUCUCCAAGUGAGCAUGAAUGACGGUCUGUCCUUCAUCAGCAGCAACGUGCACAUCACCACCACAGAGUGUUUUGACGGCACCAUCCUCCUGAUCACCCUGCUGGUGUUGUUCCUCCUGCUGGCCCUGCUCUUCAUGUGGUGGUUCUGGCCUCUCUGCUGCACUGUGGUGAUCAAAGAACCACCUCCUCCACCUCCUCCUGAGCCUGAGAGUUCAGAUGAUGAAGACGGCAUGCCCAAGAAGAAAUGGCCCACCGUGGACGCCUCUUAUUACGGAGGAAGAGGAAUUGGAGGAAUCAAGAGGAUGGAGGUGCGUUGGGGCGGAAAGGGCUCGACCGAGGAGGGUGCUAAGCUGGAGAAGCCGAAGAACGCCGUGGUGAAAAUGCCCGAGCAGGAGUACGAGCCCUUCGAGCCCAAACCCAAGAAAUCUCACAACAAGAAGGCGCCUCAGGACCGGAAGUGGUACACGCCCAUCCAGGGUAAACUGGAUGCUAUCUGGGCUCUGUUUCGCCGCGGGUACGACCAGGUCUCCCUGAUGAGACCCCAGCCUGGGGAUCAUGGUCGAUGCAUCAACUUCACGAGAGUAAAGGAAGAGUCAGCGGCAGCCAAGGCCGCACCUCGCUCCCCGAUCCACACCCCAUCGCCCCCUCCGCCGGAUUACCACCCUGUGACCACCUCCCCGUCUCCCACUGCCGCCGGCCCUCCUGCCAGAUCACCCCCUUCAGGCCAGGUACCCCCAGGACCGCCACCGGCCCGCAUACCCCCGGGACCUCCCUGUGCACCGCCAUCGCGCCCCCCGCCAAGCCUUCGACCCUAAAUCACACAGACAAAAAAAGAACUCCCACCCCCCAACGCACCCGCUUUGAUGUCAAGGACUUACCGCUCUGUUGACCAGUUCUUUGAGUUAAAGGGCGGGGUCCUCGCUGACAAAGAUACUCCUGUUAUAAACCAAAGAUCAGAAGUAUUUUCAGUCCCAGUCGUACUUUGUUCCUCUUCUUGUGUGGUAGACUGUCAAGUCAAACUGUAUGUAGGCAUUUCAAACUACAAAAAUAAACCUGGGAGGAAUACAUUUAGGAAUACCAGGGAAUCUCUGCAUCAUUGUUUACGUGCAAAAUUAAGAGUGGACCCCCCCUUUCCCAAAUUGAAAAAUGAAAGCAGUUUGACUUGACAUUCUCUCCCACCCAGAGUGUGCACAGAGUGAUUUGGGCACAUAUAUUCUACUUAGUGUUGGCAUUUUUGAGAUCAGGGUGGAUUGUUGCUGGACAGCAAAGCAUGUAGGCACAGGAAGUCCACAGAGGAAAAACUGCAAUGGAUAAAAUUUAUUUUGGUCUUUUUUGGCCAUUGUUAUCAAGAGUUAAGGCGAAAAGUAGGUUUUACAUGAAAACCUAAGUAACCCGGUAAAACUUUGAAUGGAUUGGACUAUUUCUCCAUUGCUGUGAUUGUGAAUCAAAGGUUUAGGGAAUUAGAUUUCACAGAAAUUUCAAUUGGUCGUUUUGUAAACGGUGUUGAGUAGCUAAGAUAAAAGAUAUCAGAUUUGCUAAAAAAAAUAUAUAUUAUAAUUUGGAUUUUGGUUAUUGUUCUCAGUGCCAAAGGGAUUAUUUUCUUCACCUUUUUGUGAUGGUACUUCUAUUCAACAACAUGCUAACAAAUUUUCGCCCUUUAAUACAGAAAUAAUACAGUUACAUGAUUUUGUGGUCGGGUUUUUUUACCAUUCAGUGACAGGGAAGUGUACAGAUGUUAUAUGGAAGGUAUGUUUUUACAAUAUGUGAUUGAGAUACGUUUUUGAAUGUUGCGUUGGUUGAUAUCUUUGAGGCUUUGGAUUUUGUCCUUAACCACCUUUUCAUGUUUCAUUGAAUUUAGAUUACAGCAAUAUAUAUUUUUUGUUUUUUUUUGGUAUCUGCGCAAAUAGACUGCUGGACAACUACAGUAUGUAUUCCUUUUUUUUGUUAACAUUUAGACAUUGAAAUCAAGCAACCAGAAAUCAGGUUAACGUCUCUCCUCACCCUUUUUUUAUACACAACUCUGAUACUGUACUUUUAUACCAAUAUGUGUGUUUUAUGUUUUCAGUUUUAUCAUCACCGGUCACAUUGCAACUGCAGGGCAGUUCAAAGAGCAUCUAAUUUAUUUUACUCCCCGAGAGAAAUAGAGGAGAGUACUUGAAUAUCGACAAGGUGUCCAACCAUCAAGACGGACACUGUGCAAAGAAUUUAGAAACACAACAGCUAGCCAGUUAAAAGUCAUGUAAGGUUUACCAGCGUUUCACAACCCCUCAUCUACACUGAGAAACAUUUGAAACUUUAUUUGUUAAAAAACUAAUGAAAAUUGCAUGAAUCUUGUUGGGUAUUACCUGCCAGAUAGCUCCUUGCUAGCAAAAGGCGCCGCUGUCUCCAUGUUAGCAGUGGCUAUAUGCUAAAUUUUGGGGGAAAAUGGUCCCAAAAAAUUGACAGAACUAUGAAAUUUUGACUUCAAUGUGUAGAAAAGAGGUUUAAAAAUGCUGGUAUUCCUUCUCUAUUCACUUCCUUCUGGAAUUUUCUUCUUGUUAGAUUUUUUUAUACUUUCAUUUUGAAGUACGUCAAUCAGUUAUAGCGUGUACCGUCUUACUACAUGCAUUCAUAACCGCUCUCAUUGCCUUAAAGCUGAGCUAAAAGAAAUAUAAAUAAGUUGCCUCACUUUUGUUAUAAAUACCUAGCAAAUUUGAAUGUCAAGGUGCAACAUUUUCAAUCAACAAUUGAAUUGUGAAGCAUUUAUUACCAUAAAUAAAUUAGACAUGGAUAAGAAAUCAUUCAAUGUCUACAUUUAACUACAUUCCAAAUGAUUGCUUCUGCUUGGUUUAAGAAAAAACGUUUUGAAAGAAAAAGCAAAGUAUUAUUACUUUUGGCUCAGCAGUGGGCAUGUCCUUGUUUUAACUCUGCUCUAAACAGAACAUACAGAUAUACAGAUGGUAGAUUUUUCACUAAAAUUGUUAAACUAAGGUUUUAAACAAUUAUUGUUUUAGUUUGUUCAGCAAACCUCACUUUAAUGCUGCAUUGAUGUGAUAUCAGUGUUUGAAGGGGAACUUCUGCAGUGGCUGUGAGAGCUCAAUGUCAUUCCUAAUCAUGAUGAGAUACAUUAUGUUAAUCAGUGUUUUUUCACAAGUAUAAACAGCAGUACUGAAGCAAAUAUGAAAGACGUAUAUAAUCUUCUCUUGUUGGUUAAAAUUACUUCUUUUUUUUCUUGAAACGGUAUCAAUAAAGGUUGACUUC